AUUUAGCUAGUACGCUUAUGCGAUUCAGUGCUGUCCAAGGUUCAUGUGUCGUAUAGCCUCAACUGAUUCGUCACUGCGUGGUCUUAGUCGAUCCAGAGGAGCAGAUCAUCACUUGUCUUUACCACCAUGUCGGGCUCAUACGGCAAUUAUCACUACAAUGAACAGUACGGUCAUCCUCAAUAUGGCUACUACAGCCAACAAACUGGAGGAGGGAACUAUGGAAACCCUCCUGGAGAUUACCCCGCACAGCAAUACCAACCUGAACAGAAUCCUCAGUAUGCAUACGACCAGGUUGCACCCUACAACAAUCAUUGCUCCUACCAGUCACCCGGCAACCCUCCCAUGUACCCUCAACAAAGCUAUGCACCCCCUUACGACGCAAAGCAGCCGGUAGGCGAAUAUCGACAUGACCAAACCAUGUCCAUGAAUUAUGACCAUAAAUCGAUGUAUCAUCCACAGCCUCAGUACCAACAAGGGGAGAGUGCUUCGUACUAUGAUGCCCCGCCAGGACCUCCUGUUACCACACCGCCAGAGGGCGAAAAAGGAUUGGUAUCGACUGUAGCCGGUGCAGCUGGCGGGGGCAUUCUAGGCCAUAAGCUGGGAGGCGGAGUGCUGAGUGCCGCAGGAGGUGCAUUGGCAGGGGCUGCAGGAAUGAAAAUUGCAAGCAAGUUGCGCAAGAAGCAUAAAGAGAAGCACCAUGGCAAGUACAAGCGUCGAUCAGCUUCCAGUUCGUCAAGCUCAAGUUCGAGUUCGAGUUCGAGUUCCAGCUCCUCAAGUGACAGCGAUUCCUCCUGAAUCCUUUGCGGUUUCUGUGGCAUUCCCUGUGUGACAUUCGGGUUGAAUGCAGCGUUGAAGUAUCUGCUAUUGGUGACAGUGCGUUUUGCUUAGUUCAGGUUAUGGUAUUCAUAGAUUGAUUGGCAGCGUCAAUGACGCGAGAAAGCAAUCGAAAGACAUGUUGUACACCACGAGUAACGAAUAUAGUAAUUGUAAACUUCCGUUUGUGGGGCACGAGUAGUAGUACCCAUGACCCCUACAACGAUUUCCUGAAUGCAAUUCUGGAACAAAAUCGGAG